UGCUGUGCGACCCGCGGGGCCGGGCCCGGCCGGGCCGGGCGGGUGGGGCGGGUCUGCCGGGGCCCCGCCCUCGCCCUGGGCCGCCCAUAAAGACCCGGGUCUGCGACUCCGCGAGUUCAGAGCACGACUUUUCCGGGGACGCAAAUAGGUGGCUGCGGUACCUCGGUCCGGGCGCGCUCGGAGCUCCAGCCAUGCUGUUCUGGCACACCCAGCCCGAGCACUACAACCAGCACAACUCUGGCAGCUAUCUGCGGGAUUUGACUAGUGCUCUGCAAAGGGAAAAUGAUGUGCUGGCUCUGCCCAUCUUCAAGCAGGAGGAGCCCCAGCUGUCACCUGAGAACGAGGCUCGCCUGCCCCCUCUGCAGUAUGUCUUGUGUGCUGCCACCUCCCCUGCUGUCAAGCUGCAUGAGGAGACCUUGACCUACCUCAACCAAGGUCAGUCUUAUGAAAUUCGACUGCUGGAGAAUCGGAAGCUAGGAGACUUUCAGGAUCUGAACACAAAAUAUGUCAAGAGCAUCAUCCGUGUGGUUUUCCAUGACCGCCGACUGCAAUACACAGAGCACCAGCAGCUGGAAGGCUGGCGGUGGAGCCGGCCCGGCGACCGCAUCCUGGACAUCGAUAUCCCACUGUCUGUUGGUAUCUUGGAUCCCAGGGCCAACCCGACCCAGCUGAACACUGUGGAGUUUUUGUGGGAGCCUUCAAAGAGAGCCUCUGCUUUCAUUCAGGUGCACUGUAUCAGUACAGAGUUCACCCCAAGGAAGCACGGGGGUGAGAAGGGCGUGCCUUUCCGAGUGCAGAUUGAUACGUUCAGGCAGAAUGAGAAUGGAGAGUACACAGAGCACCUGCACUCGGCCAGCUGCCAGAUCAAGGUGUUCAAGCCAAAGGGCGCUGACCGGAAACAGAAGACGGAUCGGGAGAAGAUGGAGAAAAGAACCAUCCAGGAGAAAGAGAAGUACCAGCCGUCCUAUGAAACCACCAUCCUCACAGAGUGCUCUCCAUGGCCGGACGUGGUCUACCAGAUGAACAGCACUCCCUCCCCAAGUUACAAUGGCUCUCCAAACAGCUUCGGCCUUGGCGAAGGCAACAACUCCCCAACUCACCCUGUGGAGGCCCUGCCAUUGGGCAGUGAUCACCUGCUCCCAUCAGCCUCCAUCCAGGACGCCCAGCAGUGGCUCCAUCGCAACCGAUUCUCACAGUUCUGCCGCCUCUUUGCCAGCUUCUCAGGUGCUGACUUGCUGAAGAUGUCAAGAGAUGACCUAGUGCAGAUCUGUGGCCCUGCAGAUGGGAUCCGGCUCUUCAAUGCCAUCAAAGGCAGGAAUGUGAGGCCAAAGAUGACCAUUUAUGUCUGUCAGGAGCUGGAACAGAACCGGGCACCCCUGCAGCAGAAGCGGGAUGGUGGUGGGGAUAGCAGCCUCUGUGUGUACCAUGCCAUCUUUCUGGAGGAGCUGACCACUCUGGAGUUGAUUGAGAAGAUCGCCAACCUGUACAGCAUCUCCCCACAGCACAUCCACCGCGUGUACCGGCAGGGACCCACGGGCAUCCACGUGGUGGUGAGCAACGAGAUGGUGCAGAAUUUCCAAGAUGAAUCAUGUUUUGUCCUUAGUACCUUAAAAGCUGAUAGCAAUGACGGCUACCACAUCAUCUUGAAAUGUAACCUUUAAGAAGAAGUAGAGCCAGCACCUGUCUCCAAAGCCCCAGUUUCACGGACCGCCCCCCUUUGGAUGUUGAAAUUAUGCCAGUCUAGCUGAACCCUCACCCAAUCAACCAGGGCUUGAAGGGACCUCGCCCUGGCUUUGAAAACUGCGCACCCUGGCAACCAACAAAGACCAU